AUGUCUCUUAUUAGUCUUAUAACUAGUUGCAGCCAUGCAGCCCUUAGCGUCUUCACUGUCAUGAAUUUUCUGUCUCGGUUUGUUCAUCCAAUUGAGUUCAGUAUAUAUCAAUUCAACACUGACACAGAGAACGUACUCUAUGAAGGUGAUGCCAGACCUAUAUCUGGAAAUGUUCAACUCACCUCAUCUACGAAUCUAUUCCGUGUAGGGCGGUGUAGUUAUGUACAACCUCUGCAAAUUUGGGACUCCGCUACCAGGUCACUGGUAAACUUCAAGACUAAUUUUGCUUUCAUGAUUGACACUGACAACAAAAACUCAUAUAAUGAUGGAUGCAUUUUCUUUGCUCCUGUCGGCUAUCCAAUGCCAGUUAACUCUGCUGGUGGUGUUCUUGGAUUGUUCAACAAUAACACUUGCUUUGAUUGACAGUCCGAAGACCAAAUUCUCAUAGUUGAGUUCGACACGUAUCCAAACCCUUGGGAUCGUGUUGAAUCCCUUGUCGGAAUCAAUAUCAAUAACAUCUACUCAGAAGUUACCGCCAGCUGGAAUUUUAGCUACAAAGAAUCAAGGAAGGUGGCCAAUGUAAUGAUCACUUACAAUGCUACAAUGAAAGAUCUCCAAGUCGCUUGAGCAUAUGAAGAAGAUCCGGUGCUUCAUCCCGAUGUAACGUUCACUUCUUCCCUUUCUUACCAGAUCAAGUUGAGAAACGUUUUCCCCGAAUGGGUGACAAUUGGUUUUUCAGCUGCUACUGGAUCCCUGAUGAGAUGA